AAUCAGUUGAUUGAUAAAAGCCGCUAGUGGCGGUAUAGUGCAGUUUUUCCCGAAUGAAAUUUACGAUAAUUUUAUUUUUAUUACGUUUCUAAUUAUUUAUUAACCUGUUCCAUUUUUAUUACGUGUUAAUUUAUUUUACUGUGUACAAUAAUCGUGAUCAGUUAAUGUGUAGUGGCAGAAACAGGUGAUGUGGGGUACACCCUGGAUGGAUCGAUACCGGUGACUGCGUCGCUUUGUUGCGAGGGUGCGAUGGAGAAGUCGGCGUCAGCACGGCCGCGGACGGCUCUCAACGAGUGCGUGAAGGUGGUGGUGCGGUGCAGGCCGCUGUCCAACCGCGAGAAAAACGAGGGUCACGAUGAGGUGAAGAAACGACGAGUCAGACCGACUGAUCAAAAAUGGUACGAGCGUCUCUCGUCGAAAGGAUCAGGAGAUCAGUUCCAAGAGGCUGACUUACCCCUGCAGGUGGUGCAAGUAUCGCCGGAGCGGGGCGCGGUGCAGGUGCUCAACCCCAAGGGGCAGGACAAGCUGUUCACAUACGACGCUGUCUACGACGCAAAGGCGGACACGCAGACCAUCUACGAUGAAAUGGUCCGUCCACUGGUGGCCUCCGUACUGGACGGCUUCAACGGCUGUGUCUUUGCGUACGGCCAGACCGGCACCGGCAAGACGCACACCAUGGAAGGAACCCCCGAGGACGAGGGGAUCAUACCGCGCGCCUUCCGACACAUUUGGCAACACAUAGAGACCAGUGCGUCGCGGGAUGUGACGCAUCUUGUGUCCUGCUCAUAUGUGGAGUUAUACCUAGAAGAUGUUCGAGAUCUGUUGUCUAAGGAUUGCAAGAAGCUUACCAUUAGAGGACAGGAGCUGAACGGCUUCUACAUCCCAGAGAUGACGUCCAUCGUGUGCAAGUCGGCCGCAGAGAUGGCGCGCGCCCUGCGCACCGGCAACCGCGUGCGCGCCUCCGGCCGCACCGACAUGAACGAGCACUCUUCUAGAUCCCACGCCGUGUUCCUGGUGACUGUGGAGUCGCAGCACAAGCCCAGCAACCGCAUCCGCGUCGGGAAGCUGAACUUGGUGGACCUGGCGGGCAGCGAGCGGCAGAGGAAGACCGGCGCUGGCGGCGAGAGGCUCCGGGAAGCUGCUCGCAUCAACCAGGCGCUGUCGUCGCUGGGAAAUGUGAUCUCGGCACUCGCCGAGAACAGCCCUCAUGUGCCCUACCGGGACUCCAAGCUGACACGCAUCCUGCAGGACUCGCUGGGCGGCAACAGCAAGACCAUCAUGAUCGCGGCGGUGGGCCCGGCCGCCUACAACUACGACGAGACUAUCACCACGCUGCGAUAUGCUCAUCGAGCUAAAGCGAUAAAGAACAAGCCGAUCCGCAACGAGGACCCGAAGGACGCGAAACUGCGCGAGUACCAAGCGGAGAUCGAGCGUCUGCGAGCGCUCAUCGAGCAGCGCCGAGCGGCCGAGAAGCGGCCGCGCCGCCCGCCGCGGCCCGCGCCCGAGCCCGCGCCAGCAGAUUCGCCGAACGCCAGCUCCUCUCCAGAAGAAGACUCAGUAGACACCGCCAGCCUGGAGAGCGAGCACAUUCUCGCGGAGUCCACCAUCGAGCAGGAAAAAUGCCGGACCGAGGAGCUCGAGCAACAGAUCCGGCAACUGGAGGAGCGACUCGUCUCCGGCGGCGGCGACCUGCUGGUCGACCUGCGGCAGUCCCGGGCCGUGCUCGACGCCAGGAACGUGGAGAUAGCGGAGCGGAAGAAACGGGAGGUCGACAUGCAGCAGAAGAUAGACUUGGAAGAGGAGACCACGGCCUCGGUCACGCAGACGUUUGCGUCGCUGCAGCAAGAGGUGGAUCACAAGACGCAGAGAUUAAAGAAGUGCGUGUCGAAGUACUUGGCGCUCCGCGAGGAGACGGUGGAGCUGCGCGAGGCGCACGACGGCGAGCGGCGCGAGCACGAGGCGCUGCAGGCCGCGCUGGUGGCGGGGCUGCGGCGCCGGCUGCUGCUGGCGGACUCGUUCGUGCCGCUGGCGGGCCGCGCGCAGGUCGCCAGGCUGGCCUAUGAUGAUGAUCAAGACGCUUGGACGCGAGCCGUGGAGCCGCUAGCGGUCCGGCCGUCGGCGCGGCCGACACAGCGCCGCGCCGAGAACCUGCUCGACCUGGCGCCGCUGCCGCUGCCCGCCACCACCCGGGCCUACGCGCCGCCCCAGCCGCGCCCAAAGAGGGCGACGGAGAGCUCCACGAAGAAGUCUCCGGAGCUGGAGGCCCCCGGCGCGGUGAGCGCGCGCCCGGCCAGCGCGCGCCGCGCCCGCGCCCGCCCCGGCACCGCGCACCACCGCCUCGGCACCGCCGCGCCCACGGUGCGGUAG